GUGGUAUUGCGCGUUGCUUCAGAGAGAAGCUUACCCCCGGAUACAAACUACUUCCUAAACAUUCUGCUGAACUGACAUGCAAGCUCACACGGAACAUUCUGUAUUUCGGUUCCGGGAUAAUCUCAUCGAAGCGCACCGUUCUCACUCGCUGGAGCCACUGAGACUCCAGCCAGCAACAAUUCUAUGAUUAUGUUCGUGACUGAUUUUAACCCACAGUUUCAGUUUCUCAUCACAAUGCUGGUGACUGUGCUGGUGGAAUUCACAUCGAGCCUGCAUGCUUUGCGUUCGAAGAGACCUUCCCAGGCCACCGCUUCAAACUCUGGAAGCUACAAAGUUAAUUUUGUUCUACCCGAUGAGCUACCCUCCAACCAUUUUAUUGGAAAUAUCCCAGAUCAGCUUCCAACUUUUCCCCUUAACAGUGGAUCCGACUUUUCUGUGAGCACCACUGUGAUAGAUGCGGCUGGAUUAGCUCCACGUUUAGUGCACGCCUCCGAUUCGGGCGAUUUAUAUACGUCGACUUCGUUGGACCGUGACAAUCCCGAUCAGCUGUGUGGUCCGCUAAAUUGUUGCAAACUCCUUGUGUGCAAUCUAACGUUUACAGUGCUGUUUGUGCAUCCACGAUGGAAAACUCUAUCCGUACAGGUAAAUCUGCAGUUUCAUGAUACCAAUGACAAUGAGCCUCGAUUUCCGCAAGAAACCUUUUCCAUUUGGAUUCCAGAGAACAACGCACUAGAGAAAGCACCUGCAGAACGUAAUCCUGACAUUAUAGGUACUAUGUAUGGAAUACCCCAUGCGCAUGACUACGAUUCCGAACCGAACGGUGUAAUUGCUUAUGCACUUAUCGGAAGCACCGUGACAAAACGAACAUUUGCACUGUAUAGCAAUGAGACCACAGGUCAACUAGCGGUUAUUGUUCAACCAGGAGCUCGGAUAGAUCAUGAAAAUCUUGCCGAGCGUAUUUUUAAAUUGACAGUAGAAGCCCGUGAUGGAGGUUCGCCACCCCGCAGGGGAGAGAUGUUGAUUAUGAUUCACAUCACAGAUCUGAACGACAAUGUGCCCGUGUUUGAGAGUCCAAAGCAUUCCAUACAAUUGGCCGAACAUACUAUGUACUCUGAACCAAUCUAUGUGGUUCAUGCAUCCGAUUUGGAUUCAGAUGACAACGGUAUGAUUCGUUAUAUGUUCGGUUCCAGUUACCCCACAAUGCCAGAUUCCGUUCGGCGACGCUUUUCCUUACAUCCUGUGACCGGUGAACUCUACCUACGGCAAACGUUGGAUUACGAGAGCUAUGAAGAACGGAGAAUUGAGCUUACCUUCAUCGCAUAUGAUGCUGGGAACCCACCACUUUCAGCCACGAUGACACUGGCGAUCGUAGUACAAGAUAUCAACGACAAUCCACCCGAAUUGGUAGUGCAGGCAAACCACACCAUCGUGGAAAACACGGAGCCAAACCAACUGGCGCUAAGGCUGUUGCUAAGAGACUUAGAUGAGGUAUCAUCUAACAGUGUUAGUUGUGAACCUGAUUCCAAUCUACAAGUUCCUCUGCGAUACGAAAAGUCGCCCGACGGAACUAUUUUCAGCAUUUAUACUAAAUCAAGCAUCGAUUUUGAGGAGACACCGAGGUUGUACUAUGGGAUAACAUGCACAGAUUUCGUGGAACCACGGCAAAUAAGAAGAUUUAAUAUGACAGUUCUGGUAAAGGACGUGAACGAUAACUCCCCAAUAUUUCAUUUAGACAACUCAGGGCAAAUGAGACUAUAUAAUCCGACGAUGCCGAUAGCGGUGAGUAUGGUAGAAUUGUUUACAGCCUAA